ACCACCUCCUGCGUCCCUAGUAACAAGGUUGUAAGAGUGCCUCCCUUUAAAUCACAGAGCAAACUAUACUAUGGCUCAGGUUAACCCCCUUUCUAACCCCAAAGGGGUGAAAUUGUUGUGUGAGUUAUGCCAGCAUCCUGCUUAUAUCCAGUGCCAGGACUGCAAAGUCACAUAUUAUUGGUAAGUAGAGAUGUUAGCACAGUGGGGUUUAUUUGCCCCCAGAGGGAUAUGAUUGAAGUAUAAUUCACUAAGACCGAUAUCCUCUGACACUCCAGCUUUUCUGGGAUAUGCUUGCCCAUGGAAAUUAAAAAGUUACAUGGCUGGCUGUGCCUAAUAGGAAGCAUAGUCCACAACAAGCGGAGCACUAACUGUGAAAAGACUCAACUCUAAAGUGGGUAAUAUCUCAGGGGGUGGACUAGCAUAUGGUGUGGAAUUUGAUACACCCUCGCUUAUAUGUUUUACUUACUAUGCAAUGCUAUUCAUUAUUCUGUGAAUUGAAGAGAACUGAAAGUGAAUUUGAAGCACAAUUUUAAAAACUUCUCGAAAGUCAGCUAUUUGUCCAGUUUAGCUAGCUUGUUCUUAAAGGAAAACUCUAUUGAAAAUAAUUUUCAUUGUUAUACCCCCCACACCCUCAAAAAUAAUUUUUAAAACAUUUUUUUUGCAUCUUUUCUUUGGCGGUAUAGGAAAAGCUGCAGAUCUGGUGUGUGCACCAUUUCCGAGCUCCUCCCUUUUUGUCCACAAAAUAAUCAGAGGCUUCUGUGCUGUAUCAGCAGAGGCAUGGGAGCAUUGCUUCGCAGUGAGCUGUACUAUAGCUCUUUCAGAAGUUGUGAAGGCAAGCAUGCCCUAGUGUGCAUGCCACUUCCUUUAGCUCUGUUUUGCUAACUGAAGCAGAAGAAAGCCCCAACUAUCCGUUUUGGCGAGGAUUCAUAAAAGUACCAAAUUCUAUUGAAAUCAGCAUUUAUACAAACUGUCAAAAAUUCAAAAUUCGCAAUUAUGCCUUGUACCCUGUAUAGGCGUCCCUAUAUCUGUAGUGCGUCUUCGCAUAUUUAGCAUUAAAACGUAAUUGCUUAUAAAUGUUCUUUUUAUUAGACUUGUUCACUAACACAGAUUGCUUUUAAAAUAUUCUAAACUAAUCUUGAAAUGUAUUACUAGUGUUCCUACUAGUAGGUUCACUAAGUUUAUCAUCUGUGUGUUAGAUUACACACAGUUCAAUCAUUUUUAGCCAGGCACAGAGUGGUAUUUAAUUAUAUGAAUCUGUAGUUCAUUAAUAGGUAUUCUUUUUCUUUCAUAUAUUUGUGAACUACAUUUCCAAUGAUGCUCAGCCAUCAUGUCACUGUUGUUGGGUACCAAGGCUUUCGAAGAGCCUUAUUUGUUCUCCAAAUAUAGCCUCAAAACACUGACACGGUUACUAAACUGAAAAUUCAGAUUUAAGGUACUCUAUAGUCACCAGAACCACUACUGUAGUUGUUCUGGUGUCUACAGCCUGUCCCUGCAGUGUUAGCACUGUGAAGAGAAAGGCAGUGUUUACAUUGCUGCUUAGUAACACCUGUAGUCAGGGCUGUCUUUAACGCGGGGCAAACGGGGCAGCUGUCCAAGGCCCAGUUACUCCUGGGGGGCCCAAAGCAGCUGCCCUGUUUGCCCUCUACCCACAACAAUUUCUUUUGGGAUCACCGCUACUAAAAUAAAUUGUUGUGGGCAGCUGGCCCACACACUAAAGGUGGGCAUGUUUUAGCAGGGACCAGGUUGGGCGCUGUGGCUGGGCCAAUUUCUUUUGGGCAGCAUGGGAAGAAGUGACGGCUUAUCACGUCCUCCCAGAGAACACGAGCUGCGCGGGAGGGAGGAUGAUAUAAAGGAAGCAGUGAGGAUAAGGCCAGGGUGGGAGAAAGCCAGCACACUAGACCCCAGGGAAGCCACCCAGGAAAAGGUAAGAAACUGGAGGGUGGCUAUCAAACUCUAAAUUUUGCAUGUGUGUCUGCCUGUGUGUGUCAGUGUGUUUGUGUGUGUCAGUAUGUCUGUCAGUGUGUAUGUGUGUUUCAGUAUGUCUGUGUGUGAAUCAGUCUGUCUGUGUGUGUGUCAGUAUGUCUGUAAGUGUCUGUGUGUAUGUGUGUUUCAGUAUGUGUGUGUGUCAGUCUGUGUCAGUCAGUGCAUGUGUCAGUGUGUGUAUCUGUAUGUUGUCAGUGUGCGUAUCUGCAUGUGUGUCAGUGUUUGUAUAUGUGUGUCUGUAUGUGUGUCAGUGUGUGUAUCUGUAAGUUCUCAUUGUGUGUAUCUGUAUAUCUAUAUGUAGUCAGUGUGUGUAUCUUUGUGUCUACAUGUGUGUCAGUGUGUGUGUCUCUGUGUUUCAUUGUUUGUAUCUGUGUAUCUGCAUGUGUGUCAGGUUGUAUGCCUGUGUGCGUAUCUGUGUGUCUGUAUAUCUGCAUGUGGCAGUGUGUGUGGCAGUGUAUGUGUAUAUGUGCAUACAUCUCAGCAUUCAAACACCAACACUACAUACAAACACACUCCUGCACUGAAACGUUAACACUACAUACAAACACACCACUGUGUUAAAACACCAACAUUAUAUAUAAAUAUACCCCUGCAUGCUUGUAUUCAAAUGCCAGCACCAUAUCCGAACACACUCCUACAUUCUCACAAACAUACUCCAUACAAAAACAUGCUUACAUUGAAACACACAAACACUGCUCAGUGCUAAAUACUGCCUGCAAACAUGGGAAAAUGGUAGAGCCCUUUCUGUAAAAACUUGCGAUAGCAGGGCCCAAAAGAAGUCUUGCACCAGGGCCCUCUCUACUUUAGUUUCGCCACUGCGUUGCCUUGAGGGCAUGAUUGCAUGCCAGCGGGUGGGGUGAGCGAUCUAGGGGGCCCAAGCAAAUGCUUGCCCAGGGUCCAACUAGUGGUAGUCUCUUCAUUUCACAGAAUGACAGCGGUUGGCUGAGAGUGGUCAGCUCAUGCUCUCCACCAAUAAAUGAUGACUGCCGCAGCUUUUGGCUUCUGCAGCUCUGAAGAAGCACGUCACUGGACCACUAGGGAGCAUCAGAGCCCUGCUGGAACCCAGGUAAUGGCUUUCUUUUUAGCUACUUUGACCUUAAAUUUUAAAUUCAACUUUUAAUUCUCACUUUAGUGGAAAACCCUGUAAGAUUGUUGCAUACAGCAGAUCAUUCCCUGAGUGUGGAUUGUGGGGAGUUAAAGGGACACUCCACUGCCCAGAUACUAAAAUGAUUACUAUUUAGUAGAUAUACCUUUAAUGAAAACAUGAAUUUUUUUUUUCUCAUUGGGGUUGUAUCUAAAAACAGUUUGCAAAAGCUGCUCCCUCCCCUGCCAACCCCGCCCAGACUUUCUAUGGCUGUCCAAUCACAGACUUCCCAAUGCAGCUCAAUGAGAAGACUUUGCAAGACAAGUUCUCUGAGAAAUUGCUGCCUCUUGAGUUUAGCUCCAAAACAACCAGAAAGUAACAGGACCGGUGUCUGAUUGACACCUCUGGGGUGUAACCAGGUUCAUUUGUACAAGUUCUAAUUUAUAUUGAGCUCUGCACUUUUUGUAAAAUGGAAAAAGAAGACACACCCUUCACACAUAAAGCACUUCAGCAAGAUAAAGUGCUCUAGGGGUCUUGAGUGUCUCUUUAAAGGAGUGUCCUCCGUGAGUGUUUCAAAGGUGAGAUUUAUUUAUUUAUUUCACGCCCUCACUGUGCUGGUCUCUCUGUGGCCGCUCCGCCUCCCUGGCUGAGAUCAUCAAGAUACAUGAUCUCAGUCAAUCUAAGGCUUACCCAUAGGGAAGCAUUGGGAGGCUAGAAGCUAGGCUAGUGUGCAAGUAAACGCUCUCUAGGAGCUUCUCACACGUGAAGUGUGUCUAGUGGCAGUCAGGAAGACAGCUGUGUUAAUCCCUGUAAUUGAAACAUUGUAAUCUCUUCAAAACAAUGUUUUAGAAUGCAAUGUUUUACUAAAACUAAAGGGCCCCUGCACCACUUCACUGAAUCUGGUCCAUGUAUAUACCCUUGGGUAUGCCACAUUCCAACUGUUAUCUACCACCCCUCGUCAUUGAAACCUAGAGGACACGACUGCAAUAAUAUACUCCUUUGAUAUAUGAUACAGUAAUAUACUCCUGUUUAUUGCUAUACAAUACAGUAAUAUUCUCCUGUUUAUUGAUAUACGAUACAGUAAUACUGUUCUUUAUUGAUAUAUGAUACACAUUCCUGAUGUUCACAAAAAAAAAAAAAAAAUGUAAAAAUUAGAAACACAAUUGGAAAUCCGAGGCAACAAAUUCAGCUUAAAAAAUUGGACAAUCUGUGCAUGUGCCACCCUCCCAACCCACUAUUUAUUUAUUUAAUUCAUUUAUUUCAUAUUUGAAUAAAGUUGCUAAUUGAUUGUGCAACGCUGAUCAAACCAGGAUAAAUCACCCUUAUGUGAAAAAUGGGUGUAUAUUACAGAUAUUUUUCACUUACCUUUCUCCUAGUAAUGAGGACCACCAGCAGGCUGAUUGGGCUAGUAUCCACGAGAAAAUCUGUCAGUUACUCAUCCCUCUGCGUACACCGGUGCCAUUUUUCACCUCUGCGGAAGAACGCUCACAUUGCACUGAGCAAUUAAUACAGAGAAAGGUGACAGAUUGCUAAAAUCCUUUUCGAUAUAUAAUAUAUAUAAAUCUUGUUUUGCAAGAAGUGAUUAUAAGGAAAGGCAAGUAUUUGCUUACCCUUUGCUGAGAAGGUAUAUGAGAUCUCGAUGUGGGGUAUUCAUUUUCAGUGCCCGAGGAUAAGGUUCUAUAACAACGCUGAUGUGCUUUUAUAGGCAGCACCCCACCUUCUUGGAUAGAUGGAAAAUCUCAUCAUCUGAUCUCCCUGCUUCUUUGAUCUCAGAUGGUGAGAUUUUCCAUCUAUCCAUGAAGGUGGGGUGCUGCCUAUAAAAUCAGCACCCCACUUGCCUGUUGACCAAUUAGCGCUCCACCCACCGAUUAUAUAGUCUUUCCUAAUGAUCGUUUAUAACUAUACGUUUAUGGCGAAGUAGAAGGUAUCCCCUUAUGGGUGUUGUAGAGCAGCUACUUACCAUAUUAUUUUUGAAGCGUUACUUUUCACACUAACUCACGAGUGAGUUAUUCCCGUUAUCUAUAAAUCUUGAUUUGCUUAUUUCAAAUUAAAAGUAAAAUAUUGUUUUGAUUACUAAAAAAUUAGAAUUUAUACAUAAUUUUUCCACAAUUCCCAUUUUAGUUGAACUGUUCUUAUGUCUUUUUUUUUUUUUUAUUAAAGGCCCAUACAGUCAGAAAAAAGUUUUUUUUUUUUUAAUCGACUUUGAUUAACAUGAAACAUGAUACACAUAAAAUGUACUUGGAAUGUAAGCAUGAUCUAUAAAAUGUUGUCGCAACACUGCAAACAGAUUAUUAGCCUUCUUGUGUAAUAAAAACCGUAGUGAAUCAUAAUGGAGAUCAUUGUGUUUGAGAAAGUAGCGAAUCUUGUUCUAAAUUAUUGCAAAGUCGUUUCUUUAGAACUCACUAUUUGUAGUUAAAGUUUAUCCACUAUUAAAACAUUGCAUCGUGAUGAUUUAUUUUCAAAGUGAUUUUAUUUUACAGAAACACUUGAUUGAUAUCACUACCAACGAAGCUCAGAGGAUGUUGUAUGAAGGAAAGCAUGACGAUGUGAUCCCUGCUGCUAGUCAUUCCCUGUCUUUGGUUAUUGACGUGUACGGACUUAACUCCGUAGAGUUGGUACCCAUAUACCUCAUUUUGGCUGAGGCCAACAUUGGUAAGCAAUAUAUAUAUCUGCAGUCAAAAUUUAAAAGAUCCUGAAUGAGUUCACCAAUGUAGGUAAUUGAUGAAAAUAAUAAUAGUUACAGAAAAAAAUCCUGUCCUAUGUCCAGUGAAAAGGAAAAGGAACUCAUCACCUCCCUGUUUUUCUGAAUUCGUGUAUGGGGUGUCAGUGUUCUGGGCAUGUAGUAGAAUGCAGUGUGCAGAUAAUGUCUUGUGCCAUGUGUUCACUUAAUCCAGCUGCUUGUGAUUGAUGAUCUAUGUAACCUCCUGGAGCUAACACAUCCUGGGAAGCCGACACAAGUCUUGUUCCUUAUUUAAAAAAAAAAAUUACCAUAUAUAUUGUAUUCACUGAGUAUAUUUCAGCAUUGAUCCUCGAAUAACUGAGGAGGAAGAUGAGUAAAUUAUAAGUCCAGGGAUAUUAUAUCUUUAUCUAGUAGAAUACUCUUCAUUGAAACAAUCUAAUGCAUUCAUUAUAGUGCUAUCACACAAAUACCUAAUGGUAUAGAACAAUAAGCUAAGGGCACAAUGGUAGUGCCACAGCUUCUCCCAGCAUGCCUUUCUGCUGGGGAGAGGAAGCUAUCAUAAACCCCCUUAAAACAUGGCAACCUAUAUCUACUGUCUGCAUGUAUUUUGUCAUAUCACAUCCAACUGUGCUCUCACAGAGUAAAGUCUGGUUUAAUUUGCAAUUUGGGAAAUGUGUUUAUUUUUAUAUUAAUAAGAGAAAUAAAUAAUAAUGUUUUAAAUGGCUACUCUAAGCAUCAUCAUAACGUUGAAUAAUUGCAAAGUUGUAGGUGCAUAAUAAAAGCUCUCAACUCUGAGGAUGGCUAAGAAGUGCAGCAAUAUGUGAAACUCAAAACAGCUCUAGCCCAGCCCCUCAGAGCGGUCAGUCAGGCUACUGUAAUACUCUUUUCUAGGCUUCCUGUAUCACUUUUGUUUAAUGAUGUGCAUGACAGUCAUUUUAACCCUUCAUGUAGUACAGAUGAUGAGCAGUUUCUAUCACAACAAAGAAUUUGCCUAACAGUGGCAUACAUACGAUCCAUGGGGCCCGGGAGCGAAAACUGAUCCAUUGGCCCCCCACCCCAUCCCCCUCCCUUACCAUUCACCUCCACCCAGGAAAUCCCACUUACUUGCCUCCCACCAGUACUACUUUGUGCGGGACAGGCUGAUUUUUGUUGGCAAUCCUGCUGUCCUGCCAAGCUCUACCUCUGCGCGAUUUGGCAGGGGCAAGAGUUGGGAGGUAUGUGCUUAUAUGUCAUUAUAAGCACGUAGAAAUAAUGAUACAUACAUACUCCACCAAAAACAAAGGAAGAGGGCUACACACAGAAGGGGUAAGGGGGUUGCACAGAGGGGGUGGGGAGGGGUUGCAGUGCUGUACGGGGAGAAAUGGCUGCACACAGGGGAAAGAGGGUUGCAUAGAGGGAGGAAGGGGUUGCAGUGCUCCGGGCACCAGGCGGUGGGCAUCGGGUUGCAGGGGUCCGCGGGGCAGCCAGGCCCCCUGCAUUGAUGGGCCAGGUGGCAGCUGUGACCCCUAUAUGUACGCCACUAUUGCCUAAUAAAUGUCCUCAAUGGAUCCUAAUUUGCAUUUGUGCAUUGGUGUUUUUUAUUAUGGAACGAUGUGCACAGUGUUAGGGGCAGGAAGAUGUGUGCACAUCCAUUCACUCCCCUCAUAUUGACCAUAUUGACACAAGCGAUCUUCAGAGUUCUGUAUAUCUUAACAUGCAUUGUUGAUGUCUGUUUCAUCAGUAUAAUGGAUAAAUUAAAUUUGUAUAACCACCCAAAGAGAGUUUUGUUAUGCACAUGUUUUGGAUAUCCAAGGGACACCAUAAACACUAUAACCAUUUCACUAUUAUUAUUAUUAGUUAUAAAGCGCCAACAAAUUCCAUAGCUCUGUAAACAGGUGGACUAACAGGCAAGUAUUUGCAACAAGACGAGCUGGAUGCACAGGAACAGAGGGUGUUGAGGGCUCUGCUAAUUGAAUUAGUUAUAGUGCCUGGAGUCCCCAGGUACUGUCCUUCCAUUCAGUGUAAAUCCAUUUCCGAGCAGUUUAACCCUGAAUGAGGGUCUCUGGCCACCCUCAGCCCCUAAUGUAGGUAUGGCUAAUGCAGGUAUUAUAUUCUUCUGACUAGUCUGUCAGAAUUCCUAAGAGACCCAACACGCAGGAUGUAAAAGAAGAGAGUGGCUGGAUUUUAUGUUAGACAGAUAAAGAAUGGUCGAGGCCAAGCCAAAGUCCAGGGUGUCAGAAAUCACAGUAGCAAGGCAAAAAAGCAGAGUCAGGGAUAUAGUAAGGAAAAUGGUCAGACUGCUGAGAUCGAUACAAAAGAUAACACAGAGAAUACAAAGCUAUUGGGAACUAAUGAGAACUAUUGAGAUAGAACUACAACAGGGCAAAGUGCUAUGGGUGAACCAGCCUUUUAUAGUCUGGUUCUUUAAAUUUAAAGAAACGCCCCCAAAAUGUUCGAGUUCGGCUGUUUUGGCGGGCCGUGACGUCAUUAGCGUCAUGUCAUUGGCGUGCCGCAUCAUAAAAGGGGGUGUCGUCACAGCGGCCGGUGUUUGAACCACUGGAAGAAAGCCUGGGACUGUGGAGACGUUCCCUCUCCAUCUGCUGACAGCCCCCAACCUGGGUAAGCAUGACAUAGCCAUCUUUAAAAAGCCUGGAUUUUAUUAAAACCAUAUAUUGCAUUAAUUGGAUUGAUAAUUAACAUGUGCAUGAGUAAAUGAGUUGAAGUCGUUUAUUGACAAAACAGAAGUUAGAGUUUGAUUAGAUAAGACUGUUGCUAAUUACAUUAAUCACCUUUUAAUCUGUAAUUGACAGACUUUUUUAUGGAUUUAUAUGUUGAUUUUUAGGCCUUGGGCAGCUCACAUUGGCUGAAGAAUACCUCUCACAAGCUUACUGGACAGUUCUAAAAACUACAGACUGCAGCAAUACCAUACGAUCCAAGCUGCACCGUAACCUGGGCCUUCUCUAUUCUGCCAAGGGAGAAUUUGAUGAAUCAUUGCGUCAUUUGGCUAACGAUGUAAGUGGAUAUACUUAGAAUUUACUGAAGAGGACGUGUGUUUUAUUAUCCUUUUUAAAGAAGUACCUGAAAAUGGCAUUAAUCAAUAGAGUAUGUAAUCCCUCUGUAUGCUGCGUUAACAAUAUAGCAUAGUUCAUCUUCUUUUGAGUUAUGUUUAGAACAAAUUGCUGCAUUUACAUUUCUGAGGUUUUAUGUUUAGAAGUACAAUAGCAUGAUAUUUCCUAGAAUGCAUCCUUCCCCUCUUCCUCUCUGCUUUAACCCGAACAGUACUUAGCUUGAAGAUAUGAUGACGAGUGCUCUAACCACCAACAGCACAACGGUCUCUCCUUCUUUGAUUUAAUAUUGUAUUCUGUAUUAAAGCAGGCACAGUGAUAUAAUCACUCACUUUAUGCUCUGUAAAGCAGGGUCACCCACAAGCCCUAUUCCAGAUUAACAUUAGGAGCUAAAGCUCCAGGUGCACAUACUGCGAAUACCCAGGUUUCAUCCUUGUAGGUGGCUUAGAAGCACCUUUACUGCUAUGUCAUCUCUCUGGACCAUCUCAAAAACAGUCUCAAGGACUUGGGCAUUAAUUUUUAAAAUAUUUUACCAGGAGGAUACAUUGAGAUUUCUCUAGUUUUUAAGUAUGUCGUGGGUCCACAAAACAUUGCAUGGUUACAACAGUGUGCAAUAUUACAAAAAAUAUAUGUUAUUUUUUUUAAAUACUAUAUAUAUAUAUAAAUUUUCUUUUUGUAAUGUUGUACAGUGUUGUAACGAUGCAAUGUUUUGUGGACCCAGGACAUACUUGAAAUAUAUAUUAUAUAUCUAUACACUCGAAGAAGGAAACUCACUGGUCUUCUUAAUUUGCAAACUUUAUUCACCAAUGUUCAGUACUUUACAGUAUGAUCACUAUCUAUACAUACACACAUAUAUAAAUUUAAUACAUAAUCGGUAAUAAAUGUAGUUAACCAUGGCAGGUGCAUUCUGUAUUGAGGUAUGUUGCCAUAGAUCUGUUACAAUAUUUUAGAUUGAAUGAAGAUUUAAUUGUGUCCGUGAGGUUAUUCCAUAGGAGUGGUACUCUGUAGGAAAAUGAGGAUCGAGACACUUUAUUUUUUUUGUAUUGCGGCAUGCUAAAUAAAGUGCUGUUACUGGAUCAGAGGUUAUAGGAGGUGGGAGCAGUUGGGGAGAGCAUUCUACUCAGGUAGGGUUGGAGCUUCCUAGAAAAGCCCUUAUGCACAGGGCUGGAAAGAUGAAGAGUGCGUCGGGAUUCCAGCGACAGCCAGUUUAGCUCUUUUAACAUGUCACAAUGCUAAAUAAUGUAGGAUAUUAUGUAACAGCUGCAGUGAAGUCUAUGGUAAGGACAUCUGUGGGGGCAGACUUGUAGGUCAUGUGUCUUCUGAUAUGCAAAUGUGUUUCACUAAUAUUUUAGGGUACCUCCUUUGGGUGUAGUUCACUGUAUACUUCACUGUCUGUUCGAUACACAAUUCUCAUUCCUCAAUGUGAAAUGCUUAGUCCUGCUAACAGAAAGCUAUAUCCCCAGUGCAGUUUAUCAAUAGGUCCUUUCACGUAACACGGUGAAAUAUAAUAAGAUAAGAGUCACACUUAUCAUCUGUUGCCUGACUGAGCUCCAUGAGAAGCACCAUCUGUAUCACAUUAAAUGCCAAAGGCAGUCACUGUAUACAUUAAUCUGUAUUAAACAUGUGCCCUGAUUAGCACCUGGAGAGGCCCAAAUGUGCCUUAGGUCCAGUGCACAUUGGAGGGUUAUCACUGCCAAAAUGUAUGUGGACUUUGUGUGCUCCAUGACUGAUUAAAUGGAUGUCCUGUGGCCCAUGACCCAGAGGACAGGGUGGGACACCUUAUACGCCUUUCUGUCUCAGUUGAUUUUUUUAUAUCUCUGUCUGCUUAUUAUGGUGGAUUUUAUAUGCCUGAAAUUUUCCGGUUAUAAAUUUAUGUUGGUGUUUUUAUAUAUGGCUGUAAAGUGUGUAAUUCUGCCCGCAAUCAUUUUUCAGCUCUGGACCCAUAAAACCCCUAAUCUGGCAUUCUCUGGGCCAAUUUUAAACAUAUAGUCAAACUAAGGAGAUCCUGUAUGUGUAUAACUAGAACUAGUCAUACAAUUGGAUUUUACUGCUCUCUAAUCUCUUCUACAAAACAAUAGUCAAGCUGUUACUAAAUAGAUUUCUCCUGAGUGGGGGAUAACCCCUAGUGAAGAAACUUCACCAAAAACACGAAGAAAAAAAAAAAAAGGAGAGAUAGGAUCAAGUGAGAUAUCCUAAGGAGUGGGCUUCCCUUAUAGUAUAGGGAAACAAAAAUAAAGUGUUUAGAACCAAAUGACACGUGUGUCACUCAAACUUAUAUAAAACUUAACUUUUAAUAGUUAAAGAUCUAAAAAGGGUGAGAAGCACCUAUCACAUGUGCAAAGUGUGGUUAAAAACAGCACAUAAGCACCUGUAUAAGACUGGCAAUAUAUAACCAAUAUUAUUGUGUUAGAGUAUAGCGUCGCUAAUAAUGUCUAUAAGAGCGUAACGUCUGUUUAAGACUGGCAGCUAUAGGAACAAUAUUAUAAUUGUAUUAGUGUAGCGUUGCUGAAGUUACAGGUAAUUUCUGUAAGAGCCAGUCCCGACUUUUUCGGAACAACAGACCCGUCUAUACAGGGUUGGAACGAUGUAUGUGAAAGUUCGAAAAUACCCUGAAUAUGGAUAGUAUAAAUCUGGGUUAGAGUACGGUAAGAUUCAGUGUGUCCUUGAUAGCAUAAAAGGAGUAAGCCUGUCAGAGUUAUUGUCAUAAUGUGGACAAACCUAAUAGAAAUUGUUUUAGGCCAUGUUUGAUACUAUAGACCAACUAUAAUAGUAGUGGGACCCGUCAGGGUGUUUGUAUGGUGACACUAUAUAUGUUUAUAGAUCAAACACAAGUAGCUAGUUGGUGGCAUCUCAUAGCAUUCUACUCAUGCAGAGAGUACAGCAUUGAUAGACUGCCUGAUUAGGCAGUGUGAGAUAACUCACGAAACAGAACGAAAAUUAGUAAGGCAGUGUUUAACUUCUGUGCCAGUUUGGAUCCAUUGGCAGUUUAUUCUGAAAAUUAUGCAAUGAAAUAAGGUCACCCUAGUAUGGGGGUGAUAAAUUAAGCAGUGCUAAACUGCCUUGCGAUAUGUCCAUUGUAUUUUCAAAUGGACCCAUGAGAGCUUUCUUACCCCUUCUUUUACCGGGCUUUACGAGAGGUUCGGCUCCCCUCUGAUCAGCCAGAGUGGAGAAACGCGCGUCAGAGGCACUGACUAGCACUAUCCACAGCCACUGCACCAUCAGUGACCUACCUUCUCCUACUGAAUCAUGAGCGGUCCUUUCCAUAAUGGCACCACUUGCUCCUAGCUUUGAUAUCAGCUGCCGUUAAAAGACAAGCAGCUCUGUCAGAACGAUUGCCCUUUUUUCAGUACUCAUAUUUGGUAAGCAGAAUUCGUUCUAAACACAAGGGAGGGAGGAGGCUUGUUUUUCCCUUAGACAGUGGAUUUAUAUCAGGCUUUUACAUAAGGGGUUCCCUCAAAGGCACAAGUGGAUAGGGAUCCUUAUUAAAGGAAAAUUCACAUUCAGCUAUUUACCUGUUUAUAAUAUAACUAUUUAACUAUUAAAAGUUAAGUUUUAUAUGUUUGAGUGACACACCUGUCAUUUGGUUCUGCACUCCUUAGGAUACCUUAGGAUAUCAAAAAAAUAAUUAAAAACCCACUUCUUCAUAAAAGCGUAUCAAUUAAACUGUUAAUAGCUCCCGACUGAUUCCCCUCUUGCAACUGUCACUAGUCUAAUACUAUCCUUACCUUUUGUGUCACUUCACCCCACUCCCUCUAGCACCCAGGGCAUACUUGAAAACGAGAUAAAUCUCAAUGUAUCUUUCCUGGUAAAAUAUUUUAUAAAUAAUAAAUGUAAGCUCAUUGAGCAGGGACCUCAACCCCUAUGUUCCUGUGUGUCCAACUUGCCUGGUUACAACUACAUAUAUAUUCGUCCACCCAAUGUAAAGCGCUACGGAUUUUGUCAACGCUAUAUAAAUAAUAACAUAAUAAUAAUAAUAAUAAUAACAAUAUCUCACUUGUUCCUAUCUCUCCUGUUUUUUCUUUGUUUUUUCUAAUCUCUUCUACCUUUCAAAGCCACAGCUGGGAUGCCGGUGCAAGUGGUUGCUGCCAUAGUCUGGAUCAAGGUCUUAGUUGCACCGUGACAAGUUAUUUGUGCUUACAAUGACACUAUAGUCACCAAAACAACGAAGUAGUUUAGGUGUAUAGAUUAUGCCCCUGAAGUCUCACUGUUCAAUUAUCUGCCAUUUAGGAGCUAAAUCAGCUUGUUUAUGCAGCCCUAGUCACACCUCCCUGUAUGUGACUUACACAGCUUUCCUAAACGCUUCCUGUAAAUUGAGAUUUAAUGUUUACACUUCCUUUAUUGAUAGUCUGUUUAAUUUAUAAUUUCAUAUAUCAUGCUAUGUGAAUAGCUUGCUAGACCUUGCAGGAGCCUACUGUGUGUGAUUAGAGCUCAAUUUACAGAGCAGGAGAUGAAAACUGCUAAAGUCUGUUAACAUCUCAUAGAAAAUAAAAGCAUUUUUUAUUCCAUACAGACUGUGUGAGUCAAAGUCAGAGAAGAUGUGUCUAGGGCUGUAUGAACAUAAUAAGUGAUUUAACUCCAAAGUGGCAUUGAAUUGAGCAGUGAGACUUCAGAGGCAUGUUAUGUACACCAAAACUGCUUCAUUAUGCUAACGUUGUUUUGGUGACUAUAGUGUCCCUUCACGUUACUUUAGUAAUUUCACCUUGAUAAGGAAAUAUAAUGAAAUCUAAUUGUACUGUAAGAAAAGAAAGCUCAGUCCUUUAAAUAUAAUAUAUUGAUAUACUGUUUACAAGACUAUCCUUUUAAUCCAUUUAUAUUUAUGAAAAAUUGAACGCAAACUCUGUCAAAUGUUCAAGAAUAGUAGUGAAAGAGUAGGCUGAGGUCUUAUUAAUAGCAUUCAAUGUCCCAUUAUGAUUACAUUUUUGGUUAAAAGUAUUUCUGCAAUGUGUAGGUUUUCUUUUCAAGCACUGCAUUGGGAACAGAUCACAUUCACACCUCAGGAGGAUAUUUUCACAUGGCAAACAUCUUCUACUGGCAGCAUAAAAUGGACAUUGCCAAUUCUCUGUAUUCACAGGUAAGGGUUUCUUGUCCUACACCAAAACAUGGCAAGGUGGCUAAAUACUGCCUAAUUUUACAAGGUAUAAUACAACAACAAAACGGAAAAUAUAAAAACAUAUACUUAUCAAUUAACAGAAACAGCUUCCCACCGAACACCUCCCAAGUAGUGUUUCGUCUAAACAAGCCAAAAAAUACAAUACACGUGGGAUUCAGCUGAUAUACCUAAAAAAUUAUAAAUAAAAAGCAUAGCAUAAUAUAGUUAGUGGAAAUCUAAUAUCCCCUGCUAAAGGUUGCACUCACAAGAAAUUGAAGCUAUAUGCGCUCUAAUGGUGCCUCACCCGAUGUCUUGGGGGGGCUAAUAUCUUCCUCUUAUGAUCAGGUAUCACCCAGUUUCAGGAACCAUGCAGGACUCCGACAGGUAGAUAAGUUGAAAAGAGGGGGGGCGUGGCCUGACCGUCAAUGGAGUAAGUCGCACUCCAUCAGAGCUCCUAGGCCCCAGCCUGUCAAGCCUGGUGUCACAGCCUGAAUUCAGCGGUAUUUCGUUCCACAAUGGGGAAGACUAGAAGAGCAGCAUCCCAGGACCACUCCGGCCCGACGGGGACCCGAUACCCGCCUGGCCCGAUGGACGGGUUUUUGGCGACGCCACGAGGCCUCCGAGAUGGCGGGGACUCUGACACCCCGGGCCCCACAUCCCCUGGAUCAAGCGCCACCACCUCAGGUAGAGGCUCCCCGAUGGCGGGUACCCUGCAUCAACUGGCGGCAGACGUCGCCCGAAUUACAGCCAGCAUGUUAACGCGCGCAGACAAGGCGGACAUGGUGUCUGAACUGCGCGCCAUCAUCAGGGAGGAGGUGGCGGUGCUGCGGACUGACCUCAAUGCCCUGGAGCAGCGUGUAGAUGGGCUUGAGACCGGCCGCCUGCAAGCCGACCAGCGCCAGCAGGCCACGGACCUGGCUACUACCCGGCAGGGGAAUAUCCUGUUAGAUCUCCGGCGGCAAGUUGAGGAUUUAGACAACCGAGGACGGCGACAUAAUAUCAGAAUCCGGGGCCUGCCGGAAGCAGAGGGAGAGGUGCCGCAAGAGAUACUCACAGGCCUCUUCGCGCAGCUGCUGGGGGAGAAUGCCCCGGAGGAUUUUGGCAUAGAGAGAGCCCACAGGGCCUUGAGAGCACCCAGGAGAGAUGGCCUACCAAGGGACGUGGUCUGCGCCCUGGCCUCGUUCCAGCUUAAGGAGGCCAUCAUGCAAGCGGCCAGGGCGCAGCCACGGAUCCUAUACAUGGACGCUGAGGUCUCGCUAUACCAGGACCUCUCACCGAUCACUCUAGACACCCGGAGAGCUUUGAGACCACUUACUCGCUUGCUGCAGGAGCGGAGGAUUCCCUACCGGUGGGGGUUCCCCUUUAGUCUACAGGCGCGGAUCGGAGCCACGUGGCACAGCAUCCGAUGGCUGAAUGAGGUACCGCGUUUUCUAGUGGCGGCUGGUUUACCGGAGAUGCGGAUCCCGAACUGGAUUCUGGAGGGACCACCGGCGCGAGCGACAGGACCGGCGGAGGUGGCCCAUAAUCUCCACCCAACGUCUGGAUCGCAGCAACGCAGAGGUGGCCCAGUGGGGCCGGAGGAAUAGACGACGGACCGCUGCCCUGGCCGGCAGGGACCCGGACUCCCCGGGCCCCAGCCGCAACGGAGCUGAGCAGAGACACGGCAGGGUGGACGAUAUAUGGAGGGCAGGUACCCCCGGGGCUCCAGCAGGUUGGGUGGGGGGUAUGGGGGGUUUGAGAUAGGCCCACGGGAGUGAUGGUGGCUCACUAGAGGGGGGGCUGGACGGGGGAGAAAGAGAGGUGGGGAGGGAGGAACGGGCCACGGGAUGCACAUUGGCGUCCGUUGGGAAUCGGGGAGAGACUGCUGGACCUGACCUGGGGGGUCUUCGGGGGUAUGUGCAGUUGCUGUAUGCCCAGGAGUAUGGGGGGUUGUCUCAACAUCCACAUGGCGCACUAGGGGCAACGGGAGGGGAGCUGUGGGUGGUAGCUUGGAGUGUACAUAGUUCUAGUGCCGUAGGUAUGCUGUUUUUUUUUUUUUCACCCCCAACGGGUACACCGUUAGAACCGGCGGAUGGAGGAAGCACGGAGAUAGAGGAAGGUUGAGAGUGGUCGAGAGAGGGGAGGAGCGGAAGCUAGCUGGUCGGGGUCAAGCCUUAACCUGGCCCACGGUAGGAGAGCGGGGAGAGAUGGGAUAGCUGAAGCGCCUGAUGAGGGGCGCAGGCAUUCCUGCGGUGAGGGGGGUACUUUCAUGGAAAAAGCCCAGACGGGGCGGCAACAGGGGGGGCAGGUGAGACAUGGCCUGGGGUGGUGGAAGGAUGGCAGGGGGUAAGACACCUGUAUUUCUGGCUCGCCCAGGGUAGGGUAGAGGCACUGAGGGGGCAGAUGGGAUCGGGGAUCAGGAGGAGAGCACGGUUGGCUGCGGAAGCACCGGAGGGUCGAGAUGGGAGGAGUAGGCAGCCUGGAGGUGGAUGACAGUGCAACAGGGCUGGCCGUUGCGGGCCGGAGGGGCCCGUGGGCCUCUAGAGAACGAGGCGGUUGCCGACGUGAUGGUGGGCUUCCCCCAGGGCAAACACGGGAGUAUAGCUAUUCUGACAGGUUGGGAGCCACGGGAGGAGAGGGUAGGCACGACAUAGACGACUGAGACCGCUCCAUAUAGACGGAGACACGGUAGAACCUCACUGUGACAGACCCAUACUGUACAUAAUACCGGGGCAUUUGGGGACGGAGGGGACGUUCCACAACUGACUGACGAAAACCGGUACAGGGUUACAGUCACAUCCUUAAUAAGUACUUUCCCGACUCCCCUUCUCCCUUUUUUUAUUUUUUUAUUUUUUAUUUUAUUUUUUUUUCCCUUUCUUCUCGCCCUGCGUUGCUGCUUCCCUCGCGGUCUCCCCCCUGUGGGUCGCACCGGGGUUAUGGCAAGUGCGGAUCCCCCCUCCGGGGCGCGGCGGGGCGGCACGGGAUUCACACCAGCUGGACUAACAUUCUGGUCCCUCAACGUUAGAGGCCUCAACAUCCCGGAGAAGCGCUCCUUGCUUAUGCGGCGGCUGUGGGCCGCGAGAGCGUCCGUGGUGUUCCUGCAGGAGACGCAUUUUCGUCAAGGGGACGCCCCGAAGCUGGGAGAUAAACGAUAUUCCAUCGGGUUUUAUGCCAACCACCCGGAGGCCAAAAAGGCUGGAGUGGCGAUAUUGUUCGCGAGUACGAUACAGUUUCGCUGCACGGGCCUACAGGCGGAUCCCCAGGGACGGUACCUGUUUAUCAAAGGCAAUAUAGCAGACACCACAUACACCUUUGCGUGCCUAUAUUGCCCCAACAGACGGCAACAUACGUUCAUCGGGCAGACGCUGGCCAAGUUGGGGAGGUUUCGAGAGGGGCUGCUGGUGGUGGCAGGUGACUUCAACCUCCCGUUGGACCCUCGUAGGGAUACGUCCAGGGGUGUUAGCACUAUCCCCACACACUGCCUGAGGGCGACUCUGCGUUCCCUGCACAAACUGGGCCUAGUGGACUGCUGGAGGGCGAACCAUCCCGAGGAUAGGGAUUACACUUACUACUCGACGGUCCACACCCACUAUAGCCGCAUAGAUUACGUAUUCCUGGCGCAAGAGUAUUUGGCGGUGCUGCAGGGGUCGGAGAUAGGGAGCAUGGAACAGUCAGACCACGCGCCCAUGAUAGUACAUACGAGUGCCCCCCUUUUCAAACCCACGGAAAGGCAAUGGCGGUUCAAUGAGACCCUGUUGGACGAUCCCCUCGUGGUGGCAGAGGUGUCACAAGCACUGACGGACUACUUUACCAGUAAUAGCUCGCCAGAGAUAGCCCCACUGACGCUCUGGGAGGCGCACAAGUGUGUCAUCCGGGGACGCCUCAUAGCGAUCAGCACGAAGCGCAAAAAGGAACGCACAGCUCGACUGGUUCGGCUGGCGGGAAGGGUGGCGGAGCUGGAACAGGCACAUAAACGCACGUUAGAUGACGAGACCUAUUGCCUCUUGACGGAGACACGGCGAGAGCUCCGCACCAUACUAACCCAGGGCAUGCUACAUACUGCGCGUAAGGCGGCAAGGUUCUUUUACGAGCAUUCCAACAAAUGUGGCAGGCUACUCGCAAAAAUGCUCCAGGAUAAGAGGAGGGCGCAGCAUAUACACAAGAUUCGCACGCAGGGGCAAACAGUCACUCACCUCCCCGAUGGCAUCCUGCGAGCAUUUCACGGAUGGCCUGCUGGUGAGAUACCUCCGCGAGUUCAGGGAGGUCCUAUUGCCGAGACUCCUAGAGGGGUGCAAUUCACUGCGCACGGGAGGCCGGUUCCAGGCGGACACGUUAAGGGCGACGGUAGCGCUCAUCCCAAAAGAGGGCAAGGACCCCACGAACUGCGCGAGCUACAGGCCCAUCUCGCUAUUAAACGCGGACCUGAAGGUCUUCGCCAAGGCUCUGGCAUUGCGAGUGGCUCGGGUGGCGCCUGACCUCAUACACUCCGACCAGGUCGGAUUUAUUCCGGGAAGGGAAGCCCGGGACAAUACGAUUCGAGCCCUAAACGUCAUACACGUGGCGAGGACAAACAGGCGGGAGCUGGUGCUCUUAUCUACAGACGCUGAGAAGGCGUUUGAUCGCGUGGACUGGACGUUCCUCUUGGAGACACUAAGGCAUAUGGGAUUUGGGCAGCACCUCCGCACUUGGGUGGAGGUCUUAUACGCGAGACCGUCGGCGCGAAUCAGGGUCAAUGGUGCACUCUCUGAUCCAGUCACGAUCUGCAACGGUACGAGGCAAGGAUGCCCGCUGUCCCCCCUUCUGUUUGCCCUCACUCUAGAACCAUUUCUGGAGGCGGUCAGACAGGACGGGGGUAUCCCGGGGCUCCGCGUGGGCCGGGGAGAACAUAGAGUGGCGGCCUACGCGGACGACAUGCUAUUUUUCCUGGAACAGCCUCGGAUCUCAAUACCUAACCUGUUGAAAGCGUUCAGAGAGUAUGCUGUGGUCUCGAACCUCUCGCUCAACCUAGACAAAUCGGAGGCCAUGCCACUGACUUCAGGAGACGCCAUGCUGAGGCACCUUCGCGAGCACUUUCCAUUCCGGGUAUGCCAGUCGAAGCUCAAAUAUUUGGGAAUAUGGCUGCCAAACGACUUAAAAGACGUAUACACAUUCAACUUUACACCUCUUCUCACGACCCUACAGAGGGACAUGAAAAAAUGGACCUCACAAUACAUCUCCUGGUUCGGGCGGAUCAAUGCCAUUAAGAUGAACGCAAUGCCAAGAAUCCUUUACCUGUUCCAGACGCUGCCGACGUGUAUCCCGCGAUCGUUCUUUCAGUCCCUAACAACCGCCAUACGGAAUUUUGUUUGGACUCGGGGAGUGGCUCGUAUUGGCAGGUCAGUUCUGGAACGACCGAAGCAUGCGGGGGGCACGGGUCUCCCAUCGGUAAUCACCUACUACCAGGCGACCCAUCUAUGCCGCCUGGUGGAUUGGCACGUGUUCCCGACCGCCAAGCAGUGGGUGGACAUGGAGCGUCAACAAGCGCAAGGACGGAUUCCCUCCCUGCUGUGGCUGGACGGCACGGCUCUGGGUGACAUUCACACGGGUAAUCCAAUGAUAGACUCCACAAUGCGUGUGUGGUGUAGGACCAGAUACGUAAAGCAAUUGACCACAAUGCCAAACCCGCUGAUUCCUAUAACAAACAACCCGCGGCUUGCGGGAGGACUUAAGCGGGCGGACCUCGAGAGCUACGCGGCGACGGAAUGGACCUAUCUGCGGCAAUGGUGUACUGAGGUAACCCUCAAACCACUACAGGAUCUAAUCCCAGAACACACCCCGACCGGAUUGGAUGAAUUCCGCUACCACCAAGUGCACAGGUAUUACAUCCAUAGAACAUUGCUACCGCUGGAGCAGGCAUGCGUGGACAGGCAACACCUCGUGCACGGAGUGUCCACGUUGUAUGCCAUGCUCCAGCUGCAGAGCGGCGGGACCCCCCUGGGAUUCACCAAGCGCUGGGAACAAGAGACGGGAACGAGUCUCACGGACAGCGAGUGGGACAAAAUCUUUAUGCUGACGCACAAAGGGAGCAUCUGCUCCAAAUACCAGGAAUGUAACUACAAAAUCUUAACGGGUUGGCACAGAACCCCAGAUGUAUUACGUCAUGUCCACGAGUCAAUCCCCGGGGAGUGCUGGAGGUGCGGCGUGGAACAGGGUACAAGACUUCACAUCUGGUGGUCGUGUCCGCUAAUAACGCCGUAUUGGAAGCAGAUACAUGAAGCAAUUAGGGAAAUAGCGGACGCAGACCUCCCCCUGCAGCCGUUGCAAAUGUUGCUUAAUCACACGCAAACACCGCUGCGGAGUUAUAAAAAGGGUCUGACCGUACACCUGCUAACGGCAGCGAAAAUCCUAAUCCCAAUUCACUGGAAAAGUAGCACAGUCCCCACCUUCCAGCAAUGGGUGGAUAAGGUGGAAGACAUACAUAACCUUGAGAUGAUGACUGCCUCCCUGCAGGGACGCACGGACAAAUGUGCAACGACCUGGUUCCCGUGGAUGGACUACAUGACCAAGAGAGCAAGGCGGGGGGGCGCCCCGGGGGGGGAGGGAGAAGGAGGUGCCGCGGUGCCGCCGACCUUGCAGACCCACGGGGGGGGAGAUGCCCUGGGGUGACCGGCGACGACCUCCGCAGGUUCCGAGUGACAAUAGUACCGGCAGGGGGGUGACCGGGGGGGGACUUGCUGCGAGUGGGGGGAGCGGGGGGAUUGGGAUGGGGACACACUGGGCGCAAGCCUAGCACAAGAGCAACGUUAACCAGGGACAGACGACUAGUUAACACCCCUGACACAGGACGGAGUGUAGAGGCACGGAUGGGGAGGGGAGGGGAGGAGGGGAGGGAGGGCAGGGGAGACCUAAGCCAUACGCUGCGGGAAGGUGGGUAAGGUGGUUCUAGAGCUCAAGGGACAAGGGGGGGAUGAUAAGGUGGAAGAGUGGAACAACAUAGCCAAGGGGGAGGAGUGGGGACAACGAGAUGUAAUGGAUCUAAUUCAAUAUUAGGACUCACAAGCACACUGGAGGGACUGGAGAGGGGGACAGCCUCGGGGGGGCGCCCGCCAAGAGGUGACAGAAGAUUACUCCACAAAACUCACCGGCAGUGGUCGUGGGGGCACCAGACGCAACGCCCACACUAAACUGCUAUCAGGAAGGACUUGCGGCACAGGCCCUGACGCAUGGAACAGGGAUGCUUGAGGCGAAGAACCUUAGAAGCCCUAGCCAUAGUGAAAUGAGCAGGGGAUGUGACGGGCAACAAACUAAUACUUGUAUACUGGCCCUGGUAUUACGUAUUGUGGUACAGAAACCGGUUGAGAGGGCGAGGGGGGGGUGGGGUGGAAGGUGACGAGAUGGGGAACAGGAGGGGGAGCCCUAGCAGAAGGGGACAGGGGAUGCAGCACUCGGGCAUCGAGGCAACCACAAGACUUCACCAUCAUAUGAUUGGGUGCUGGGAAUUUCCUUCUUGUACUAUGUUCUGUUCUGUAUUCAUUACUUAAAAUUCUAAUAAACACGUGAUUGUCAAAAAAAAAAAAGAAAAGAGGUUUAUUGGUAAUAUUUAAAAAGGCAAUAAUAAGGAAAUCUGGUCUUACGUGUUUCGUCCCACUUAUGAGACUUCCUCAGAGACCAAUAUUCUAUAAAAACAAGUAUGACAAUAAUGCUCCCAAAAAUGCAGCCUAAUUCCACCCUCCCAUCACUCCCAUUAAAUAGGGCUAAUCCCUUUAGUCCAUUGGUGGUUCCAGUGGGUGUGUUCCCUUUCAUUCAUCUUAUUGGUGGUUUUCAAAUCCUUUUUCACCUGUUUCUUGAUCGGGGAUAGUUAGUGUUGUAGUCACGGCUGAUCAACAUUUCGAGAUUGGCAAAACCUGAUGUGAUGUAUCUGACCCACUUCUGUGCGUUCCAGCUUGCGUCCCAGCCGUGCGUUCCACUAUAUUUUCAGAAAGUGGAUUGUUCUCCCCCUCGUGUUCUCCAAGGGAAUCAGCUUAGACAGCUUAAAAGACUAACCUCUGAUUAACUAGAGAGAUACAUCUAAACAGAAAGGCAUCAUUAGAUCAUUUUUAAUUCAAAUGGAACAGAUAAAAUAUAUACAGGGAGUGCAGAAUUAUUAGGCAAAUGAGUAUUUUGACCACAUCAUCCUCUUUAUGCAUGUUGUCUUACUCCAAGCUGUAUAGGCUCGAAAGCCUACUACCAAUUAAGCAUAUUAGGUGAUGUGCAUCUCUGUAAUGAGAAGGGGUGUGGUCUAAUGACAUCAACACCCUAUAUCAGGUGUGCAUAAUUAUUAGGCAACUUCCUUUCCUUUGGCAAAAUGGGUCAAAAGAAGGACUUGACAGGCUCAGAAAAGUCAAAAAUAGUGAGAUAUUUGCAGAGGGAUGCAGCACUCUUAAAAUUGCAAAGCUUCUGAAGCGUGAUCAUCGAACAAUCAAGCGUUUCAUUCAAAAUAGUCAACAGGGUCGCAAGAAGCGUGUGGAAAAACCAAGGCGCAAAAUAACUGCCCAUGAACUGAGAAAAGUCAAGCGUGCAGCUGCCACGAUGCCACUUGCCACCAGUUUGGCCAUAUUUCAGAGCUGCAACAUCACUGGAGUGCCCAAAGCACAAGGUGUGCAAUACUCAGAGACAUGGCCAAGGUAAGAAAGGCUGAAAGACGACCACCACUGAACAAGACACACAAGCUGAAACGUCAAGACUGGGCCAAGAAAUAUCUCAAGACUGAUUUUCUAAGGUUUUAUGGACUGAUGAAAUGAGAGUGAGUCUUGAUGGGCCAGAUGGAUGGUCCCGUGGCUGGAUUGGUAAAGGGCAGAGAGCUCCAGUCCGACUCAGACGCCAGCAAGGUGGAGGUGGAGUACUGGUUUGGGCUGGUAUCAUCAAAGAUGAACUUGUGGGGCCUUUUAGGGUUGAGGAUGGAGUCAAACUCAACUCCCAGCCCUACUGCCAGUUCCUGGAAGACACCUUCUUCAAGCAGUGGUACAGGAAGAAGUCUGCAUCCUUCAAGAAAAACAUGAUUUUCAUGCAGGACAAUGCUCCAUCACACGCGUCCAAGUACUCCACAGCGUGGCUGGCAAGAAAGGGUAUAAAGAAGAAAAUCUAAUGACAUGGCCUCCUUGUUCACCUGAUCUGAACCCCAUUGAGAACCUGUGGUCCAUCAUCAAAUGUGAGAUUUACAAGGAGGGGAAACAGUACACCUCUCUGAACAGUGUCUGGGAGGCUGUGGUUGCUGCUGCAUGCAAUGUUGAUGGUGAACAGAUCAAAACACUGACAGAAUCCAUGGAUGGCAGGCUUUUGAGUGUCCUUACAAAGAAAGGUGGCUAUAUUGGUCACUAAUUUGUUUUUGUUUUGUUUUUGAAUGUCAGAAAUGUAUAUUUGUGAAUGUUGAGAUGUUAUAUUGGUUUCACUGGUAAUAAUAAAUAAUUGAAAUGGGUAUAUAUUUGUUUUUGUUAAGUUGCCUAAUAAUUAUGCACAGUAAUAGUCACCUGCACACACAGAUAUCCCCCUAACAUAGCUAAAACUAAAAACAAACUAAAACUACUUCCAAAAAUAUUCAGCUUUGAUAUUAAUGAGUUUUUUGGGUUCAUUGAGAACAUGGUUGUUGUUCAAUAAUAAAAUUAAUCCUCAAAAAUACAACUUGCCUAAUAAUUCUGCACUCCCUGUAGUCUCUAAAAGAUUAUAUAAUGUUACAAUAUAUAAAGUAUACAUCUCUGUAAUACAUUAUUCAUAUUUCUAUAAACAAGCCAUAUAAACAGUAUAUCCAAAUACUAAAUGUUUUUAAUAUGCCAGCAAAUUCUGACAACAAAUUAAAUUCCUAUAAUGAAACACAAAUAAACUUGAAAUAUUGACACAUAUAUCCAUUUUAUUUUUUUCCUGGAGCUAUCCAUAAAGUUAGUCCACUUCAGACGUCUUUCACCAAGAUUUUUUAAUUUGAUAAUAUUUAAGAAGACAUUAUGACUCCUAAAAUCCAUAUAUAUGUUCUUUAAUAGUUUAUGGUGAGAGGUUACAUAAUUCCCAUUAAAUUAAAACACAAGAAAUACAUUAACACAGGCAUUUACAUUAAAAAGAUAAAAGAAAAAAAAGAAAUAGAUUAAAAUAAAAAACAUGUUAUACAACCGAAUGCAUAGACUAAUUAUUUAUAAAAAAAAACAGAUCAAAUCUAUGUUGACAUUCAGUCCCUGUGGUUCCUAAUUUUACAAGAGUCACGUUUGUACACAUACACAUUGUGAUUCUUACCAAAUAGGAAUUAAAGAUGGCUGCCACCACAAACCAAGGAAUAUGCAGUGAAAAUAUGUUUUCUGUUGGUUACAGAAUGUGACUUUGUAUCUGCUGUUUUACAGGUAGUCGAUAUAUGGUAUUCUCAUCUUAAAAAGUUAGUGGACGUGAAGAUAAAAGCAUCCUUGAGAACUGGUCCUGGGUGGUCUGAUGACUUCGAACAAGAAAGUUUAGGUAACGAGCAUGUAAAAUAUAUCCAGAAAAUGCACAAUCAGGCUUCUUAAGACAUUUGCAAACAAUUCUAUGUUUGCUGUUAAGCCAUUUCUUACAGCAGUGCAAUUGCAAUAUAAUUAGCUAAAAAUAGCAUAGCAGGGACAAGUAAAAACAGGAAGAAAACUCCAUUUUGAGAGUGCAGAUAGUAUGGUUCCACACCUACCAGAACAAAGAACACACAACCAAAAAAAUGGGCAACAUUUCGACACUUUGGGUGUCUUAUUCAGUUAUGAGGUGUGAAGAACAUCUUGCAACAAUUUGUUAAUCUGCAGGUACGGUGUGCCACCAGCCCACAUUUACAUUUGGUGCAUUCGUGACGUUUUAAACAGGAACUGGAUUUUUAAUAUUCUGUUUAUAACAAGCAUGAAUUUGUGAGGUGUUAAAAAUGAAAUAAAAUGUUGGAAUCUACACCUGGUUGUCUCCAUCUUAAAGGGACAGUUUAGGCUGCUUAAGGCACCAUAACAACUUCAUCUAAAUGAAUUGUUAUGGUGCCAGCAUGCCCCCCGGGAGCACUCUCACCUUUUAAGGAUCAAACCAUUCUCAAACGGUUUAACCCCAAAGUUGCCUCCAACAUUAAUCUCCAUUCCACCCCACGGGUAGCAUCCAGCUUCUACAUUUUCAGUUUGAGAAAUCGCGGAGAGCUGUUGAUUGGCUGGGAGCAGUCAGCCAAUCAGUGACUCCCCUUUCACAAAACUGUCUUGAAAAUGUACAAUCUGUCUGUUUCUCCUCUUCAUCUACAGCAUUUGUCCUGGCUUUGCCUUGUCAGAACUGGAUUAUGAAGUCAUUUGCUAAAUCUUUAAUAUAAAUUUAAUAGAAAACAGAGCAAACGUUAUAAGUGAUUUCAAUGCUGUAAAUUCCAGAAAAGUAACAGUACCCAUUUAUAGAUAGCCUUUGAUCCAAAAAGCCUAGUUUUGAUUGCUAGUUCCAUAUAUAAAAGAACAAUCAGUUACUCUCUUAUUAUUUUAUAAUUUGCCACAGAUGAAAACGAAGAAGCAGAAGCACUUCAGAUACUCCGUGCUAUAUGCGAUAUUAGGGAGCAAGCUCCCAAGAAAGAUGGCACAAAGAUGGUGAAGAUUCUGCAUGCCCUCACUAUGCUGUACUUCCUGUCCAUGGAUUUCCAGAAGGUAAGCAAGCCCAAGAGAUUCGAUAUCUAGUCACUAUGCUGUACUUCCUGUCCAUGGAUUUCCAGAAGGUAAGCAAGCCAAGAGAUUCGAUAUCUAGUCACUAUGCUGUACUUCCUGUCCAUGGAUUUCCAGAAGGAAAGCAAGUCCAUGAGAUUCCAUAUCUAGUCACUAUACUGUACUUCCUGUCCAUGGAUUUCCAGAAGGUAAGCAAGUCCAUGAGAUUCCAUAUCCAGUGGCGUACACAUGACCCAUGGGGCCCCGGUGCAAAAACUGAUCCGGCUAUGUUUCACUGAGGGUUAAUCCAGCCUCUAGUGGCUGUCUCAUUGACAGCUGCUAGAGGAGCUUCCGCGAUUCUCACUGUGAAAAUCACAGUGAGAAGACACUGAACGUCCAUAGGAAAGCAUUGAGUAAUGCUUUCCUAUGGGCGAUUUAAAUGCGCGCGCGCCUCUUGCAGCGCAUGUGCAUUUCGGAGCUGAGAGGACGCAGGGAGUCCGGCGCUGGAGAAAGGUAAAUGCUGAAGACACACACACACACACUCUCACGAACAGACGCAUACACACUAGCUAACAGACACACACAUUUACUGACAGAGACACACUCAGCGACAGACAUACAUACACACUCACUUACAAAACAUACACUUUCACUGACUGAGUGCUCCCUCGCGCACCGGCCGCCCAGACAGCCUGCCCGCCUGGGUCAGCAGGGCCAGCCUCGGGGGGCCCUGAGGUGGCCGGCUCUUGGGCCCCCCAGGGGAAGAGGCUGGCCCUGUGGUUUCAUACCGGGUCGCAGGGGCGUCUGUCCAUAUCUAGUCACUAUGCUGUACUUCCUGUCCAUGGACUGUCCAUAUCUAGUCACUAUGCUGUACUUCCUGUCCAUGGAUUUCCAGAAGGUAAGCAAGUCCAUGAGAUUCCAUAUCUAGUCACUGUGCUGUAUUUUCUAUCCAUGGAUUUCCAGAAGGUCAGCAAGUCCAUGAGAUCCCAUAUCUAGUCACUAUGCUCUACAACAAUACCACCACAGAUGAUGCAAUAGGGUAUGAACCCCUUUAACCUGAGUGUUAAAUAAAGGUCAAUAGAAAAGUUAUUGCCUUGUCAUUGUCGGGUUUUAAAAAUAACUGGGACUCAAAAGGCCUUUUGAUUUUUUUUAUUUAAAAAUUAUUUAUUAGUCUAAAAAAAAUAAUAAUAAAAUAGAUAUAUAUUUCUUAUUUUGGAUGCAUUUCAUAUAUUUCUAAUACAUAAUGAGACCAUUUUCCUCUAAAUCGGCUGUCCAAUUUGUCUUUUUUCCAUACUCUUAAAUAAUCACAGAAUUCUUUUUUUUAAAUCUCAAUAUUACUUGCCAUCCGUGCUCUCAACGCCACAAAUUUGUAGAGAUUUCUUCUUAAAAAGCAUUACUACACACACUUGUUGUUUUUCACGUUUUUACUGAACCUUAUUUUGUGGUUGCAACAUAGCAUAAAAAUACUAAAUGUGUCAAAAAACAUUAAAGUUUCAAGCCUUUGAGGACUAGAGAUAAAAAGGCAGAAGGGACAGAGGAAGAAACUAAAAUAUUUAGCUCCGCUAGACAUAAUGCCCUUUUUGCUAAGUUAUCAUGGAGAAUGGUAGGGCCAACAUGCCCUUCCAAAAUAUACUGAAAAUCAUAUUAUUAUUAUUAUUAUUAUUAUGUUAUUAUUUAUAUAGCGCCAUCAAAUUCUGCAGCGCUUUACAGUGGGUGGACGAACAGACAAACAGACAUGUAGUUGUAACCAGACAAGUUGACCACACAGGAACAGAGGGGUUGAGGACCCUGCUCAAUGAGCUUACAUGCUAGAGGGAGUGGGGUAAAGUGACACAAAAGGUAAGGAUAGUAUUAGACUAAUGACAGUUGAGAGCUAUUAACAUUUUAAUUGAUACGCUUUUAUGAAGAAGUAGGUUUUUAAUGAUUUUUUUGAAGGAGUGGAGACUGGGUGAGCAUCUAACGGAGGAGGGAAGUGAGUUCCACAGGAACGGUGCAGCCCUCGAGAAGUCUUGAAGGCGAGCAUCAGAGGUGGGAGUACGGACAGAAGAUAGAUGUAACUCUUUAGCAAAGCGUAAGGGCCUAGACGGGACAUACUUGUGUAUUAGUGAGGAUAGAUCGGUGGGAGCAGCAUUAUGUAGAGACUUGAAAGCAAGAACCAGAAUUUUAAAUUCAGCCCUAUAUCUUACAGAAGGUCAGUGUAGGGACUGACAGAAAGGUGAGGCGUGGGAGGUGCGGGCGGACAGGAAGAUGAGCCUCGCCGUCGCAUUCAUUAUGGAAUGUAACGGUGCAAGUUGUAGGUACAGUUUGUAGAGUUCAAACAUUACAAUUUUAGGUUUUAAACUAUUUCUUUAGAUAACAACUAAAAUAAUCCACAUCAAGUGCCAGAUAUAACAUUGAAAAUACAAAAAUAACCAUCAGUGAGUUGACCUAUGAUGGUUAGAGGGCAGCUUGCAUAUGGAUGUUGGUCUUUUGGGCAUUGUGACACACUGUGAGUUGGCACUUAGCUGGUGAAUUACAUUGUAAACUAGGGUGACAAAAAAGACUGAAGUCCAUCAAGUUAAACAUUUAACAUGUCUGAACACAGCAUUGUUACGAGUAAAUCAGCUGCCACAGAUAAUCUAUGGAAGAACUGUCACAAAUUAUUGAACUAAAGAUGUUUAGAUCCCAGAGGCAACAUCAAUCAUCAAAUAUGGCUUCUGCCAACAUACAAACAUUAAAUAUCCACUUCUGUAAAGCAAUUGCUGUAACAUACAAUGUGUAUGGCAAUAAAUGAAUUCACUUAUUUAUUAUCGUAAUCUUUUCCAUAUCAAAUGCUUGUCCUCCACCUGAUAGCCUCAUCACCGGGCCCUUUGCUUUGCACUAGAUGUAUAAGUUCUCCCCAUGGUUUGUGGAAUGACAAAUAAUUUCCACUUGGUAACAUGUGUUAUUGAAUGGGUUACUGUAAUCAGACAGCUUAGUUUGACUCUUUCUGGCUAUUCUCUUUUUGACAUGCUUGUCACUUACUAAAUUUUCCGGUGCACUCCACCCUUUUUUCUACACGUACUGAAUUUACCCUGUACAACUGAAUAGGAGCCGGCAGUUUGCAAUGUGAGUUUGUCACGUCACGCAGAUCUUAUAUGUGAUCUAAAAACACUAAUUUAGCAAAAACAAACUCUCUGUUAAAAGGCACUUACCACUAUUUAGAUAGUAGAUCAUUUGCCACCAUAUAAUGUAAGUAGCACAGUAGUAAGUAGCAUGCCAUACUCACAAUAAAAAUGCAUGUUAUAAUGCAGUAGAGGCAGCAAUAUCCACAAACUGGAUAAGAUGACAGAAGAUUACAAAACAUGUUUAAAUUUUUUUUAUAUUUUGAUAUUUUUUUUAUAUGAUAUAUUUUAUUAUUUAAAAAUAUAUAUAUUGAGCGGCGAAUGAGAGCGGUCGCCUGAGCACGGAGCUCUCCCGCCGACGGGUGCAACAGCGUGGAAAUACAGCGUUUCAACACCGGCAACCGAGCCCAAAACGAGGGUACGCCUUCAUAACAGCAUGUCCACUAAAAUCGCCAAAAAAUUCAAGCAGAAAACGCUCCAGUUACAAGUGGCAGCGUCGCCGAAAAGUGCAACAGAAGAACAAAAUGGCGCCGGCCGACCUCAAUCCCCAGCCGCGUGUACAACAGUGGGUGAGCUUACUCACACUACAGACAGCAUGCAAACUCCGGUCACCAAUGCCUCCCUGCAUAACAUGCUUUCAGGCUUUCAAAACACCUUUAAAACAGAUUUACAGCAAGUUGCUGCAGAAAUCAGGGCAGACAUCCAAACAAUGGGUGAAAGAACAGCUCGCCUGGAGGAACAGGCAGAGGAAAUAAUUGACGCACAUAAUGGUCUAUCUGAAGCCCACACAGCACUAUGUGAGAAAGUUCAACGCCUAGAAGCUAAAAUUGCAGACCACGAAGAUAGAGACCGACGUAAUAACAUACGGAUCCGGGGAAUACCAGAGUCUAUCAGCCCCCAGGAGCUGACCCAAUAUGUGCAAGAUCUCUUUAAAGCAUAUGUCCCUACUCUGAUGGACAGCGAAUUACUUUUGGACAGAACACACCGUCUCCCCAAACCUAAGCACCUACCAACAACAACACCGAGAGAUGUUAUUACGCGCAUACAUUAUUUUACCACGAAAGAGCGCAUUAUGCAAGCAUCCAGACGCCAGGCCCAACCUCCAGGUCAAUUCUCCCAAGUUAAACUAUUUAUUGAUUUAUCCUCUGCAACCAUGAUCAAAAGGCGCUCCUUUGCGCAUAUCACAGCGGCCCUAAGGGCAGCGGAGGUGCAAUAUAAAUGGGGCUUCCCGACUAAAUUGCUGGUCAAACGUAAUGGCAUAGAAUACCCGAUCCUCGAUCCGGAAUUGGGCAAGAAACAGCUGCAAGAAUGGAACAUUCCUCUACCCGAGGUCCACCUCCAAUCCACAGAAAGCGGAUCUGCAAUCAAACUACACAACGAGUGGCAGAAAAGACCACGCUCCACGGGCACACACAGUUACAACAAGAAGAUCCAGGACACCUAACUGCCCGUGGACUGUACUACAUGUAUAAAGGACAGGUCGUAUGCAUAAAAUGCACUCACACCUACCCCUCCUUUAGUUUACCAUGCCGGACUCAUAGCUUACUCGCACCUGUCGAGAGCUAACCUAAGACAUUUAGCAACCGUUUUACCUUUGUUGCUUUUAAAACCGGUAUACAGAAUUCUUUACCCACCCCCAAGUGGCUGCAAUUCAGAGCCACUAGAGAAUCCGUUACACUCGACACUGCACUACCGGGGCGCAGUGAACGGAAUAAUGUAUAUAGUUGACUUACGGUCCAAUUGUUCUAUUGCUUUUUUUUCCUUUUCCAUAUUAUUUUCUUUAAAAAUCAGACCCACGGAUAAUAAGUCCCAUACCACUACCACCAGCUGGCACCAUCCUAAUGGUUAUGCUACCAGAAUGAAGCCACAACCAAACCCACCACCUAGAUGGCACUCAAAAUAUGCUCCCUGAAUGCCAAGGGGUUAAACUCCCCUCAUAAACGCCGCUUAGCCUUACGCGAAGCCAAAUCACUAGGUGCCCACGUAAUGCUAUACCAAGAAACACAUUUCUUGUGGAGUAAACGACCGAAAUUUAAUUCCCCGUAGUAUCCUAUAGAUUUCCACUCCUGCUACUCCGCAAAAAAGAGAGGAGUAUCUAUCCUCAUCAGUAAAGAGGUAGCCUUCUCCUUAAUACGCAAAAUCGGGGAUAAACAGGGACGCUAUCUUAUACUACAAUGCUCUUUGAAUAAUAAUGUAUACACUAUAAUUAAUGUUUAUGGUCCUAAUGUUAACCAAGGUGAUUUUGUUGAUGCUUUGAUGGGAUUGAUGUCUGCUCACUCGCUAGGGGAUGUAAUAAUUGGGGGUGACACGAACUUCUUGUUAGAUAGCGACUUAGACUCUUCGGGAGGCCCGAACCUGACCGCACAAACACUAAAGAGCAGAUCCAAACUGACCACGGCAAUACGCAACAAACUAAAUGCACACAACCUCGUAGAUCCGUGGCGAAUUACUCAUCCCACGGAAAGGGACUAUACAUGUCACACCGCAGCUCACAAUAGCUACUCAAGAAUUGAUAGAUUCCUAUUACACUCUACUUCCCUUAUGAAAGUUGAACGUACUGAUAUAGGAUUAAUCACUUGGUCCGAUCAUGCCCCUAUUACGUUACAUUUCAGAGAACAAUUCCCAAACUCAGGAAGGACCAACUGGAGACUAAAUGAACGACUACUAACAGACCCUGACAUAGUUAAACAAAUAGAACGAGAUCUACAGUUUUAUUUUAAAGAGAACAAAACCCCGGACUCUCCUCUCCCCCAAAUCUGGCUGGCACACAAGGCCUUCAUAAGAGGCUGUUUGAUAAAGCAUGCUAGCUUUGCAAAAAAAAAGAGGCUCGAAGCAUACACGGCCAUACUUUCCGAAUUAACCGUUCUAACCCACGCGAACAAGCACUCCCCCACGGCAACCAUUCACACUAAAUUAUUAUCAUUACAAUCACAACUACGGGAUCUAGAAUUGGAAAAAACGACUUUCCUCACACAUAGGUACAAGCAUGGCUUUUUUGCAGCUGGCAAUAAAGCUGGAGCCAAGCUGGCCGCCCAAUUAAAACAGAGGGCUGCUAGCUCCAAGAUCGCAUCCAUCAAAAAUUCCAAAGGCGCCACCAUCCUAGACCCACAAGGAAUAGUAGACGAAUUCGCACACUAUUAUGAAAAACUUUACAAUCUGAAAGAUGACCAACAGUCCAUUUGCCCCUCCAAAGCAGACAUUGAAACCUUCCUAUUGGGAAUGGACCUUCCAACUCUAUCUACUGCAGACGCAGAACAGCUUGAUAAGCCUUUCACAUUAGAGGAGAUCACUUCAGUGGUCUCUACACUUCCACCACACAAAUCCCCAGGUCCUGAUGGCCUAUCUAAUAUAUAUUACCGUACUUUCCUACCAACGCUAAUUCAGCCUCUACAGGCAAUAUUCAAUCAUUGCAAGAGGGAAGGAGCAUUGCCAGAAGAAGUUACAAUGGCACACGUAUCCACACUCCCUAAGCCAGGCAAAAGCAAAGACCAUUGUAAAAACUUCAGGCCCAUUUCACUGCUUAAUAGUGAUGCCAAAAUAUAUGCAAAACUGUUCAGCGAAAGGCUAGCACCGCUCCUACAAAAAUUAGUUCACAAUGACCAGUCGGGAUUCGUGAAGGGUAGACAGGGCUCCGACAACUCGAGGAAAGUACUAAAUAUCAUAGCGGGGAUGGAGAAGGGGCGCCUCGAAGGUCUUUUCCUAGCGCUAGACGCUGAAAAGGCCUUCGAUAGGCUAAACUGGCAGUACAUGACAGAGGUUCUGCGCAAAUACCAAUUCCCCGAAGGGGCUAUAAGAGGGAUAAUGGCGCUCUACGCGAAACCCAGCGCUAGAGUCUCUCAUGGAGGCUUCCUGUCGCGAAUCUUUCACAUUACAAAUGGGACACGCCAGGGAUGCCCAUUGUCCCCCCUACUAUACAUCCUUUCCCUAGAACCAUUAGCUUGGAAGAUAAGACAACACCAAUCCAUAUCCGGCAUCAAACUGAGAGACAGGGAAUACUGUCUGGCGAUGUUCGCGGACGACAUCUUUGUCUCUCUAUCACACCCUGAAAAAUCACUACCCCAACUGCUGACAUUACUGACCGACUACGGUACAGUUUCUUACUACCGCCUCAACAAAGAAAAAACACAAGCCUUACCGAUCAAUUUGCCAGGCCCGACCGUGACUGCACUUAAAAACUCCUUUGACCUAGAUUAGAGAACGACAUCCAUAACAUACCUAGGAGUUAAGAUCGCCACCCCAAUUAGCAACAUCAUAAAACUCAAUUACAAACCCCUCAUACAUAUGUGUAUUACAGAAUUACACAAAUGGAAGAACGCAAAAAUGUCAUGGCUAGGCCGUGUAAAUGCUUAUAAGAUGAUGCUCCUACUGAAGUUACUGUAUAUAUUCCGCAUGCUCACAAUAGAGGCCCCAACUGUAAUUUUUAAAGUACUGCAAGCCACAUGUAGCUCCUUCAUUUGGGGAGGCAAAAGACCCAGGCUACCCCUGGGCCUUUUACAGCAGACGACAAAGAUGGGAGGAAUAGGACUACCUAACAUUGGACUUUAUUACAAAGCCUCUCUACUUGCAACGAACACGAACAUACACCUACACGCCCAACGAGGAACAACACAGUGGGUAGAUAUGGAACAAGACCAGCUCCAGCACACAUCCCUAACUAAUUACAUGUGGACACCACACUCUCUAAGAGGCCCUAAAGUAGAGCUAUACCCCACCACGAGUGCAUCACUCAGAGUAUGGGAUAACUACAUGUCCUCCCUAGGCUGGAAGAAGCUCUUCCAUCCAGAAGCUCCCUUAACCGCACUGCAAGCGGUGAACCCCACGAUCCCACUAGCUAGAUGGACGCGUUUGGGCAUAUCCCAAAUUCAUAAAAUGUGUAAAGGUCAACAAGUCAUGGACUUCCCCGAUAUUCAAGCCAAAUGGGGAAUCCCAGAAAAGGAUAUCUUCCCCUACUUACAGCUAAAACACACUAUUACAGCCCACGUUCAGACUGCAUCACCCACUAUACCUGCCACUAAGAUUGCAGCCAGAUUAAUACCUCACAGAUGCUGGACUGCCCCAAUGAAACCCAAAGCCCUCUCACUUUGCUAUAAGGCAUUACUAGAAUUAGCCCCACAGAAACCACUGACAUGCAAACAACAUUGGGAAUCAGAGAGGGGAACCGCAUUAACAGAGGAGGAGUGGCUUAUUGCCCUAAAUGGGAUUAAAAAAUGGACCAAGUGCUAUUCACAUAUUGAAGCGCACCGCAAAUUGCUUUAUAGGUGGUAUAUGACCCCCGAUAGAUUACACAAAAUAUACCCAGAUGUCUCACCCAAAUGUUGGAGAUGCGAGGUAGAGGAAGGGACUCUGCCACACGUAUGGUGGAAUUGUGGGGGGAUACAACCGCUUUGGGGGGAUGUUCAGACUCUACUUAAAGAACUCGCAAUUCCCAACUUCCCCAUGGACAUCACGUCCUGCUUGCUAUUGCGAUUCCCCGAAAACACACACCAGAUCCACAUCCAACUAGUAGGAAUAAUCCUCAUGGCUGCCAGACACCUAAUUGCCUUAAAUUGGAAAUCACACAGGUGCCCGAAUAAACAACAACUAAUAGACAAAGUCCAACAAUUCUAUAUAUAUGAGAAAAUGUCCACUGAGACCGCUAAGGCCACAGAUAGACUUAGAGAUGUAUGGGAAGUUUGGAAUAAGUGGUACAGGGGAGGGAAGGGGAACUAAAGAAGGAUUGGUGCACGAUAGAGACUUUCAUACCCUGACAUGAAACGACAUAGGUAACAGCGUUCAAUAGGAAUUUCCGUGGUUGUCGGAAACUUUGUUUGUGUAAAUACAUUUGUUGAGUUAAUAUUGCAUGAGACCACAUAUCAUACUGAAGGAAGAAUAGACCACCAAGUGAAAUGAGAGUGAAAUGUUAACGUGUGCAUUUAAACAGAUGCAAACAGUGUGUUACUUUACGUUACUUUACUAACUACUGUUAAAACCAAACCUCUUGUCUUUUGCAUACUCAGUUAUGUGUGUUAUGUGAAUCAACUAUGUACUGGAUUCAUAACCUUGAAAACCUUCAAUAAAAACUAAAUAUAAAAAAAAAAAAAAAAAAUAUAUAUAUAUUAUAAAAGCUUUUCCAACAAUAUUAAAUCGAGGCGUCGAUUUAAAUUUUUUUUUUUUGUAUAAGCUUUUCAAAUUAAUAUUUUUGGAUAAACUUUUAAAAUCAUUUACUAUUUUGAAAUUUUUUUUAUUUUGAUAUAUUUUUUUAUAUAUUUUUAACGUAUUGAUAUAUGUGUUAUGUAUGAUAUAUUUUGGAUAUUUCAAUAUUUUUUAAAAAUUAUUUUAAAAGUUUAUAUUGCUAUCUAUGUGUGCAGCCGUGGGCCCCUGGCUCCCUGUUACUGCAGAGGGGGCCCAGCACACUGCUUCUACUCUUUUCUUCUCCUCUCUUCUAAUAACUCUCGCGAGACCCGCGGCUUUCUGAGCAUUGCCAUGGCAACACACACUCUGCAUACACUACCCUGAGACAUACUCUGCAUACACUAGUACAACACACACUCUGCAUUCACUACACACUAACAUACACUCUGCAUUCACUACACUGACACACACUCUACAUUCACUACACAUUAACACACACUCUGCAUUAACUGUACACACAGCAUCCACUACACAAACAUCCUGUAUUCACAGUACACACACUACAUCCACCACAAAUUGAAACACUCUGCAUUCACUAUACACAGACACUGCGUCUAAUACACACACUACAUCCACUACAGACACUGCAUCCACUAAACACAUUUCAUCUAGUACACACAAACACUACAUCCACUACACAAACACACACUACAUCACUGUACACACACUACAUCCACUACUCAAACACACUCUGCGUUCACUAUACACACUGCAUCUGCUACACAAACACACACUCUGCAUUCACUGCACAAACAGUAUAUAAUACACACAAACACUACACCCAUUACACACAUUCUAAUUCACUUCCACUAUUCACACCACAUUCAGUCCUGCAUCAUUGUCAGCGAACUAGGUAGGUGUGGGCGGGCCCAGGAGAGGAGGGGGGCCCAGACCUUGUGCUUUGUCAGGGGCCCCAAAAUUUCUGAUGGCAGCCCUGAAUAUAUUACACCCAAAAAGGCACUUAAGUGUCCACAACACUUAGAUACAGUUGCAAGAAAAAGUAUGUGAACCCUUUGGAAUGAUAUGGAUUUCUGCACAAAUUGGUCAUAAAAUGUGAUCUGAUCAUCAUCUAAGUCACAACAAUAGGCAAUCACAGUCUGCUUAAACCAAUAACACACAAAGAAUGAAAUGUUGCCAUGUUUUUAUUGAACACACCAUGUAAACAUUCACAGUGCAGGAAAAAGCAUGUGAACCCCUAGACUAAUGACAUCUCCAAGAGCUAAUUGGAGUGAGAUGUCAGCCAACUGGAGUCCAAUCAGUGAGAUGAGAUUGGAGGUGUUGGUUACAGCUGCCCUGCCCUAUAAAAAACACACACCAGUUCUGGGUUUGCUUUUCAUAAGAAGCUUUGCCUGAUGUGAAUGAUGCCUCGCACAAAAGAGCUGGAAAAGGUUAUAAAAGUAUCUCCAAAAGCCUUGCUGUUCAUCAGUCCACGGUAAGACAAAUUGUCUAUAAAUGGAGAAAGUUCAGCACUGCUGCUACUCUCCCUAGGAUUGGCCGUCCUGUAAAGAUGACUGCAAGAGCACAGCGCAGACUGCUCAAUGAGGUGAAGAAGAAUCCUAGAGUGUCAGCUAAAGACUUACAAAAGUCACUGGCAAAUGCUAACAUCCCUGUUAGCGAAUCUACAAUACGUAAAACACUAAACAAGAAUGGAUUUCAUGGGAGGAUAUCACAGAGGAAGCCACUGCUGUCCAAACAAAACAUUGCUGCACGUUUACAGUUUGCACAAGAGCACCUGGAUGUUCCACAGCAGUACUGGCAAAAUAUUCUGUGGACAGAUGAAACCAAGGUUGAGUUGUUUGGAAGAAACACACAACACUAUAUGUGGCGAAAAAAAGGCACAGCACACCAACAUCAAAACCUCAUCCCAACUGUGAAGUAUGGUGGUGGGGGCAUUAUGGUUUGGGGCUGCUUUGCUGCAUCAGGGCCUGGACGGAUUGCUAUCAUCGAAGGAAAAAUGAAUUCCCAAGUUUAUCAAGACAUUUUGCAGGAGAACUUAAGGCCAUCUGUCUACCAGCUGAAGCUCAACAGAAGAUGGGUGUUGCAACAGGACAAUGACCAACAGCAGAAUGACUUAAACAGAAGAAAAUACUGUCACGGUUCUCACCUGAUAGACAGACGGCAAGACGUGGUCGCUCUUGGAGUUCCCAACAGGGGACUUGAACCGGGGAUCUUCUCAGUCCUGGUCCUGCUUUCUACCUCUGAGCCACAGCAGCUAUUUACAGUGAAGAUUGAUUCCAAUCCUGUUCAUCCUGACAUGGCUACUACUCUGGGGGCUGCACCUUGACUUGGCUGUGUUUCACCUGACUCUGAUCAGUCAUCAGCAGGGUAUUUAAACCCAGCCUCGCCCUGUGCUCAGUGUCAAGUCUUUGAUCCUGUUUGUUCCAGUGUUCCUGUUUCAUCGCUUCGCAUUAUUGACCCCGGCUUCCUGACUCGUUUAUUCUGACUUCUGGCAUCCCUUGACUUCGACUACUCCUCGUUGUUCCUGUCCUCUGGCAUCCUUUGACCUCGGCUAUCCCUCGACCAUCCUGCUAGUUCAGUCCUUGCCUGUCCUGCGUAUUGGUACUGCAUCCUGCACAGCCCCCGUGCACAGACCCACAGGCCAGGUGAAUUCUUACCUGACCACCUCGGCCUGUGGCUAUCUGCAAGGGUGAGCAUCAUAUCUGCGCUACAGACUCCCAACUCAGGUAAGACCCAGACAUAAGACUUGACCAUUAUGGAGUCCGCAGAGAUGUGCUCACCCUCGACCCAGCGUGUGUCCAGCCUGGCCCAGACGGUUUCGGAGCUGCAGCAAGAAAUUUUAUUCCUUAAAGGCGCAGUACAUCCAGCCCCGGAACCAGCUUUUCCUGAACCGUUUGUCAUCAUGCCCGACCGAUUUGAUGGUAGCCGCACAUCCUUUCAGUCUUUCAAGAUGGAUUGUGAGGUGUUGUUUUCUUUAAAGCCUCGAACAUAUGCCACAGAAUUCAUCAGGGUCAGAGCGGCUAUCAACCUGUUGUCUGGACGCAUCAAAGUUUGGGCUCACCAAAUGUUGCAGACGAAGAGUCCUGUCCUGGUCAGCUGGGAAUCCUUUAGUACUGCUAUGGACUCACAAUGUAAGACCACUGUGGCCAAGUCAGCUCCACGUACUAAAAAAUCUCAGACUCUUCCUAACCAAGAAACCGAGUACCACCACUACGCCCCAGAAAUGCCUCCUUAUGUUCCAGCUCCCAGGAAAACUCCAGAGGUAUCCGGUGUUCCACUUGACCCUGUGGAACCUAUGCAAUUAGGACUCGUCCACUGCAAAGUGACACCUAAGGAAAAAGACCGAAGGAGAAGCUAUGGCCUAUGUUAUUACUGUGGAGAAAAAGGGCAUUUCAUCACGCUUUGUCCUGUUCGCCCUCCUAGACCUCCAGCUCUCCGACUUGGUACUAGUUUCCUUCGCCCUGUGUACACCGCAUACCAGCCUAAAAAGCCAAAUAGAAGCCGUUGUGCUUGCACAUGCUUGGCUUCCGCGAGAAAACCUCCAUCCUCUGCUCCAGAGCCUCCUGCAUCUACUCCCGAAGUUGCUUCCUGUGAUACCACCACUACUUCCUGCCCGCCCGAAGAGGUUUUACCUGUGGAUUGUGCCGUUGCUUCUAAUGGCACUAUAGUCCGUAAAGUAGACCUUGAAAUGUUCGAAAAAGCAUUGUUAGCUGCGAACACUGCUCCUGCCAAAGUUUUGGAAGUGCUUGCCACCUGUACCCGGAACCUAAAAAGACCUGGACAAUUCUCCAGCCGUACCAGAAGCCGGUACUGUGGACUCCCAAGCUGUAAAGGGAAUCCUUGCUGGGGAGUUUGACUAUGGGGACUCACUGGAUUCAGAUAGUGACCCUGGAGAGGUGUACUAUGCUGACAAUGAACCCAUUCACGCCCGGAGGUCGUUUUUAAAGGGGGGGGUACUGUCACGGUUCUCACCUGAUAGACAGACGGCAAGACGUGGUCGCUCUUGGAGUUCCCAACAGGGGACUUGAACCGGGGAUCUUCUCAGUCCUGGUCCUGCUUUCUACCUCUGAGCCACAGCAGCUAUUUACAGUGAAGACUGAUUCCAGUCCUGUUCAUCCUGACAUGGCUACUACUCUGGGGGCUGCACCUUGACUUGGCUGUGUUUCACCUGACUCUGAUCAGUCAUCAGCAGGGUAUUUAAACCCAGCCUCGCCCUGUGCUCAGUGUCAAGUCUUUGAUCCUGUUUGUUCCAGUGUUCCUGUUUCAUCGCUUUGCAUUAUUGACCCCGGCUUCCUGACUCGUUUAUUCUGACUUCUGGCAUCCCUUGACUUCGGCUACUCCUCGUUGUUCCUGUCCUCUGGCAUCCUUUGACCUCGGCUAUCCCUCGACCAUCCUGCUGGUUCAGUCCUUGCCUGUCCUGCGUAUUGGUACUGCAUCCUGCACAGCCCCCGUGCACAGACCCACAGGCCAGGUGAAUUCUUACCUGACCACCUCGGCCUGUGGCUAUCUGCAAGGGUGAGCAUCAUAUCUGCGCUACAGACUCCCAACUCAGGUAAGACCCUGACAAAUACGCCUUCUGAAGUGGCCCAGUCAGAGUCCUGACCUCAACCCGAUUUGAGAUGCUGUGGCAUGACCUCAAGAAAGCGAUUCACACCAGACAUCCCAAGAAUAUUUCUGAACUGAAACAGUUCGGUAAAGAGGAAUGGUCAAGAAUUACUCCUGACCGUUGUGCACGUCUGAUCUGCAACUACAGGAAACGUUUGGUUGAAGUUAUUACUGCCAAAGGAGGUUCAACCAGUUAUUAAAUCCAAGGGUUCACAUACUUUUUCCACCUGCACUGUGAAUGUUUACAUGGUGUGUUCAAUAAAAACAUGGCAACAUUUCAUUCUUUGUGUGUUAUUAGUUUAAGCAGACUGUGAUUGUCUAUUGUUGUGACUUAGAUGAUGAUCAGAUCACAUUUUAUUACCAAUUUGUGCAGAAAUCCAUAUCAUUCCAAAGGGUUCACAUACUUUUUCUUGCAACUGUAAAUCUCCCCAUGUUUCUAAGCAAAUGGCAGGUUUUCUUAAGAGGCUCACGGUUUCACAAGAUAUUGCCUUCUUUAAAGCAGGUGAGGUCAACAGUUAGACAUUCCUAAAACUACAGAUUCUUUGCUGCUUUUCCAUCUUAAAGUAAAAUAAACAUGAUCGUCACUGCUCUGUAUCAGCUGGGUGGGUGCUUGUUGGUCAUCUUAUUUCUAAAUUAUUUAGCUGUGUAUCUCUUAACUUGUCACAAUAAAACCACCUAUCUGUAUUGCAGGCACAUGAAUUGGGCAAGAAACUGCUCCAUACAAUUGAACAAAUCCCAGAUGAAGAAGCAUUGGAAGAUGUUUCACCAUUAAUAAAAUUAAUAGAAUCUAAACUUGCCUCUAAAUAAAUGUUUUUCAAUGGUAUAUGCUAAAUGUGUUUGUAAUGUAAAGUGUUUUUCCUGCAAUGUAAAACCAUACUUUUUUAUGAACGUAUUUUUAAAUAUAAUAAAUUAACCACACAGCAAAUUCUUGUAAAACAAAGAUAAAUCGGAGUAGCCGAAACAUUCAAUCUGGAAAGCAUAUAAUGGAUUUAUGUAUUAUUUAAACACUUUUGAAAAUAAAUAAAACAUCCAUAUAUAUAAUUUUAAUAAGCACUUAUCUAUCAAUAACAUACAAAGAAUGAAAUGUUGCCAUGUAUAGUAGGUUCCAGCUGUCCAUGAAUUGACUAUCAUACCUAGGUAGGUACUUUGAUUUUGAAAUUCAUCAAAACAUGGUUAAGAGAGGAUACCCCUAAUACUGUGUCUGCUUGAAUUCUAUAAGCCCCUUCCACUGUUCGAUAACCAAGACUCAUAGAGGCCUUAGUAGAACCUUUUUAUUUGAAG